UCUUGUUUUCCUCUUACUACAACUUCCAGGGAUAACUCGCUUCUUCACAAAGCUCUGGGUCGUAAAGGAUCAACUCCACUGUCGCUGCUAAAGAAGCGUCUGGAGGCUGGAGAGAGGGAGACGUGGAGGGGAAUGUAGAGACCUGAAGAGGGUGAGGUUUCCCAGGGACAGAUUUUGAGGCUGCUCCUGAUUGAGGAUGGCUGAUAGUCCCUCUCAGUCCGAGCCGCUGGCUUCGCCGGAACUCGAUGACGACUUCAAGAAACCAUCCCUGCCGAUGCCCUCGGCGGCGCGGAUUAAGGCCCCGGCCAACAAUCCUCCAAACCCGGAGGAGGUGAAGGAAAGGUCCACGGCGCUGCCGAACUCUGAUUCCGGGGAGCCGGAUGUCCCGCCGGCCCUGCCGGACAGCGGGGAGACUAGGGGUCCAGCGGAGGAGCAGCCGCGACCCCACACGGCGGCUCCUUCCCCUGGCUGCCCGGCCCGGGCUUCCCCAUACCGAGAGCCGCCGUGGGGCGGCCCCACCACGGCCCCCUACAGCCUCGAGACACUAAAAGGCGGCACCAUCCUGGGCACCCGGAACUUGAAAGGACUGAGUUGCUGCCUUUUCGGGAGGCUCCCUAGCUGCGACGUGUGCCUGGAGCAUCCUUCGGUGUCUCGCUACCACGCCGUGCUGCAGCACAGGGUGUCCGGCCUCGAUGCAGAAGGCGACGGCCACGGGCCUGGCUUCUAUCUCUACGAUUUGGGAAGCACCCACGGCACUUUUCUUAACAAAACCCGCAUCCCACCCCGCACCUAUUGUCGGGUCCACGUCGGACAUGUUCUUCGCUUUGGAGGCAGCACCCGGCUCUUUCUUCUUCAGGGACCAGAGGAGGAUCGAGAGGCAGAAUCCGAGUUGACAGUAACACAACUGAAGGAACUGCGCAAGCAGCAACAAAUAAUGUUGGAAAAGAAGAUGCUGGGAGAAGACUCAGAUGAAGAAGAGGAAAUGGAUACCGCUGAAAGAAAGAGAAAUACUAGUAGUCAGGACGAUGAAAUGGGCUGCACCUGGGGAAUGGGAGAAGAUGCUGUAGAGGAUGAGGCUGAAGAGAACCCCAUUGUCUUAGAGUUUCAACAAGAAAGGGAGGCUUUUUAUAUAAAGGAUCCAAAAAAGGCUCUCCAAGGUUUUUUUGACCGAGAAGGAGAAGAAUUAGAAUAUGAAUUUGAUGAACAGGGUCAUAGCACUUGGCUCUGCAGGGUGAGAUUACCUGUGGAUGAUUCAACUGGAAAACAGCUAGUGGCAGAGGCCAUUCACUCAGGAAAGAAAAAAGAAGCAAUGAUUCAGUGCUCACUGGAAGCUUGUCGAAUCCUCGAUACUUUGGGAUUGCUGCGGCAGGAGGCGGUAUCUCGGAAAAGGAAAGCCAAGAACUGGGAAGAUGAAGACUUUUAUGACAGUGAUGACGACACAUUUCUUGAUCGGACUGGCCUGGUUGAAAAGAAACGUCUGAUUCGAAUGAAGAAGGCUGGGAAGGCUGAUGAGAAGCCAGAGACCUUCGAAUCACUGGUUGCGAAGUUAAAUGAUGCUGAAAAGGAACUCUCUGAAAUUUCUGAGAGACUGAAAGCCUCCAGCAAAGCUCUGUCAGAGUCUCCGUCUCAGGACUCUUUAGAUGCGUUCAUGUCAGAAAUGAAGUCAGGGAGUGCAUUAGAUGGUGUGUCCCGGAAGAAACUUCACCUGAGAACUUUUGAACUGAGAAAAGAACAGCAGAGACUUAAAGGGUUGAUAAAGAUUGUAAAGCCAGCAGAGAUUCCAGAACUAAAAAAAAUUGAAAGUCAGGCUACAGAUGGAGAAAACAAAGCUAAAAAGCUCACAUUGCCUCUCUUUGGUGCCAUGAAAGGAGGAAGCAAAUUCAAAUUAAAAACGGGAACAGUAGGGAAGUUACCCCCCAAGCGUCCAGAACUCCCUCCAACUCUAAUGAGAAUGAAGGAUGAGCCUGAAGUAGAGGAGGAGGAAGAGGAGGAGGAAGAGGAAGAGGAGAAAGAAAAGGAGGAGCAUGAAAAGAAGAAAACGGAGGCUGGAAGCAGUAGGCUGCAGCAGGAGACAGAGCCGGAAGAAGCAGCGCAGGAGACGAGUCCUCCCACAGACUUCACAUGUUCUAAAGAAACAAACCAUGAAAACAUGUCUCAACUCAGCCAAGUGGAACAGAAUAAAGAUUACCAAGAGAUUAGUGAAGCAGCUGCAUCGUGUGAGGAGCCCUCAGCAUCAAAGAAUGAGAAUGAGAAAAGCAGAGAUGAAUUCAAGAAAAAGAAAGCUCCUGGUCCAGGCAAAGUUCCACUGAUACUUUCCUCCAAAUAUCCAGAAGAUGACCCAGAUUACUGUGUGUGGGUCCCACCUGAAGGACUGCGAUGAAGAUGGAGUAUGCAUGCUCAUGUUUCAAGACUCUUCCCCGUCCUUGGAAAUUGAUUGUUCCCAAAGUCCAGAUCCUUGGGCCAGCUAUCCUCCUGUCAUCUUCUUCUUUGGCGGCAGAAAAUGGGAGCAAACAUUUGAGUUGACUCAUGAAACUUAAUUAGGCAAAAGGUAGGAAACUGUUUAAUGAUGUUGGAUUGGACCCCCUCCGGUUGCCCGAGGCUCCUCAUCUGAGCCUCUCCCCUGAUUCCUCUCCUGUCGCCUGCUUCCUCACUGUGACUGUGCCAGACACUCUUGCUCACAGGACCAUCUCCUGUCCCUGUCCCCGCUGUGAGCUCCUAUGUGUCUCCUGUCCCUCUCUGUGGGGUUGCCUGGUUCACAGGCUCUUGGUAACUCCCCAUCCUUCUGAGGAGGGGUUAAGGGUGAUGUGUCAGGGUGACUUCCUAGGUGCACCAGCGAGGGGCUUGGUGACCAAAUGGGGGAGCCCCAUGAACACAGUGAAGCCCUGUCCUACUGUUUCACGUGGACCUCAUGGCUCUCCCAGGAGUACAUCUGAUUGUGGAUGUGUUGUGCUCAUUGGUACCUGGGGGGGCCCAGCAUUUAACCGGCAGCUGGCAAAUCUCCUGUGUGCAGCAGGCUGAAAAAAAGGAAAAAUGCCUCUUGCCCCUUUGAGAUAAUGAUAAGAAACUCAAGGUGAGUAAUUGCAUUGUAAGAGUAGAGCCCUAAGGGACGUCCCUGGUAGUCCAGUGGUUAAGAAUCUGCCGUCCAGUGCAAGGGACAUGGCUUCAAUCAAGGAUGCCCCGGUCGAGGAUGCCCCAGUCCCACAUGCCGCAGGGCAACUAAGCCCACACACUGCAACUAAGACUCAGUGCAACCAAAAAAAAGUAGAGCCCCCCCCUGAAUCAGAAAGGUGGAUUGAAGAAUUUUAAUCUCUCAGGACCUGGGUGUCAGCAGGAGAACAUGGCUGAGCUGUCAAAUCCUGAAGGGCCCUGAGAAUGUGGGCAGUUCUAGAAGUCAGUUAAAGAAGACAUUGCCUUCAGCAAAGUCACAGGUGCCAGAUAAAUAGCACAGGUGUCUGUUAAAUUAGUGUCAGGCUCAGAGAGAGACUCAUCAUGAGGUUUCCAGAGUCCAGGAAAAGCCUAAAAACUGCAGGACAUCACAUGUUGCUGGCAGCCUUUGGGUUAGAAACCAAAAAAGGUGGUUCUUAAACGAGGUCCCAGAGAGAGCAGGAGCCGAUGAUGAUCCUUCAUCAGCUAAAGCUCAGUGAGGCUGCACUUCUCAGCUGCAAGUAACCCAGGAAGCUGGGCUUCUCUUGGACUGAGCAUUGGUGGAACUACAUGUAGAUAAAGAAUAUGUGUAUAUUCCAAACUCAUCAAAUUGUGUGCAUGAAGUAUCUUCAGCUUUUUGUGUGUCAAUCAUACCUCAAUAAAUGAUUUUUUAAAAAGAA